UGGACGAUUUCUAACCUCUUUUUUCAAGUCGAGCAAAUUCGAGCGAAUCAAUGAUACUGUUUGUAUUUAUUGUAAUGCUUGACAUUCAUUUACAGUGCACAUAAUUUUAAAAUUGUACUGAAAGAAAUUUUUGAGAUACCAUGUUCCUAACAAACACGCUGUUGAAAAAGGCAAAGAGCAAGCAUGUCUUAGUCCUUGUAGAAAGUGUUAUAAGUGGUCAUCGAGUGGUGCGUGUCAGAGAAAGAUUGGCUGAUAAAUUAGAAUUUACAUUCUUUGAUCCUUAUAUUCAACAGAUAACGCUAUAUAAAGAAAAGAAAAAAUUAAGUAGCUUAUAAUUUACAACUAUUGUAUAGUGUUUUCUAUAAGUAUUGUAAUACUAUUUACAAAAUUUUUGU